AUAGCCUUCUUAUGCAUAUGUCAACAAGCCGACUACGGUCAUUAAAAGCAACCUCCACGCGCACUAAAAAUAGUUUUUAUCCAUCAGCAAUGAGGCGGGUGGAAGUGCCCUGAAAUGUCAGUCUAGACUGCUAACUGCAGUGGCUGUGGUCAGUGUGCCCAAAAUAACUGUGAUAAUGAGACAGAGCUAUGGAGCAGAAAACUACAUGAUGGCUGGUCGUGCAAUGGAUCCAAACUUUCUUUUUGUGUGGCCCACGGUAUCUAUUGGUAUACAGAAUGAGGAGUACCUACUGAAUAACACUAUCACCCAGUUGCCAGCAGCAGAUUUUACCAAAGAGCAGGAGGCAUCAGUAAAGGAAAAGGUCCUCUCCAAAAUGUCAGCAUUAUAUUCAUCAUCCAGAUUAUGGGAUGAUGGAGUCAUUUUACCUCAGAACUCAAGAAAGGUACUGGGACAGUGCUUGGACAUUGUCAGUGGACCACUUCCUCCUUCCAGUGAAGCUACAGAACCAAUGUUCAGGAUGUAGUCGUGAAGACGCCCAUUUUACAAAAAUAAUAAUAAUAAAAAUAAUAAAUAAAAAUAAAAGAAUACACUCAGGAGAUUUGAUUUGAUAAAAACAACUUACAGAUAUGAAACCAUAUGCAACUUUGUAUGCAUUUGUAAAUAAACCUUGGGAUUCAGUAAGAAUCCAACGUAAAUUUUUUCUUUACAUAGUGACAUUUUAAUUUCCAGUAUGUUAACAUACAGUAUUCAUGAAUUGUGUCAGCAGCUGAUUUAAUUUAUGUAAAUGAUAUAUAGUUGACAAGUAACUCUUUGAAAUUAAACAAUCUAUGAGUAUCACUGAGCCAACUAUGAGCUAUUAUCUUAUGUGCUUCAAAGAAAAUUAGGAAGUUAUAGACUGAGCAAGACUUUUGCUUCAUAUCUCAGUUACUUACAGUAUGUAUUUUCAAACUGGUAAGCAAAAUGGUUUUUAUUGUUCCACAAAAUUAGAAGAAACACUUAUUUUUUUGAUAAAAAGUAUAUGGUAUUGACAUUAAUAUAAAUUUUCAUCAGUUGUAAUAUUCAUAGAAUAGGAACAGUGGCUCAUACUCUCAAGAAUGGAUACAGAGGCUCAUAAUUUCAAGAAUGGGUGCAAAAGCUCAUUUUAGAGAUGAUAAUGUAUUAUUCAUCAGGGAUGAUUGGAUAAAGUAUUUUGAAUUAAUGCAAUAAAAUCUUUAGUGUAAGCAUCAUCUUUUGCAACUAUAAUCUACUAGUAUUAGUACAUGUACCUGUAAAUUAAGUAAUUGUGGAAAUGUAAUGUUAGUUUUCUUUUCUGGCAUUCUUAACAAUUUUUUUAUAAUUCUGCCUUCUUGGGUUAAAAAUCUGAUACACCUUACACCGUCCAAUGAGUUAUUGUAAAUAUACAUUUCUAUUACUACUUUUUUCAUUGCGUGAAUUUCUUGUAUUUUCACUUUACACGCCUCGGGAUAAUAGUCUAACAAAGACUACAUGUACAUGUACUGAGUACUGUAGUGCACGAAGGAAGAAUCAGUCACGAAUAUUGUUACUAUUAACUGAAAAUAAAGGUAAUGUUACUCAUG